AUGUCUUUCCAUGCGUUUCAGGGGGGUGAUAAAACCGAUUCUAUUGUCGGUGCUCAUGUGAACCCUGUUUAUUUAAAGGAUACUCCGAAUAUGGAAGCAGGCAGCAUGCAGGUACGCGCUUUAAGCUACAACUUUAACAUUCUUCCCAGGGGCUGUGGCGGGUUCCAAAAUGAACGCAUUGACAAUUUUCUAAAGUGUGUCAAUGAAUACGAUGUCUUGUUGUUUCAGGAGGUCUAUGCUGCCAGUGUAUUGCCGUACUUUGUGCAAAAACAUAUCUGUUUUCAGAAACGCCUUGUGGAUGAGUUGAAGGAACGUGGAUUUACACAUUAUGUUAUAUCAAAGCAACCCUCGUACCCGACGAUUUUUCGACACAAUGUACACUCCGAUAACGGCCUCAUUAUCGCCUCACGAUUUCCCAUUGAGCAAUGUGGCUCAUAUACAUUUGGCUGCAAUAAGCGCGGCAGCCAGUCUGUUCGAAGGGGUUGUCUUUUUGCGGAGGUUAUGGUGCCUUUAAGGGAAGGUGGAAGUGUACCUAUCCUUUUCUUUAAUGUUCACCUUCGUCAGGAUGAGAGCACCGUUGCGACGUUUUCGCAGGUGAUGGAAACCCGUCGCUUUAUUGAUUCCGUCAUUAGCAACCUGUACGGAGAGAACAACGAGGCGAGUAAAAUUCCACUUGUGGUGGCUGGGGAUUUUAACAUCAAUGGCAUUGAUCCCCACAACGGAGGCAAGCCGACAAAGAUAUUCAUGGAACUUAUGCAAGAGCUGCAGCCACUGGGAGGCGGGCUGAGUGAAGUCAUUCUCGACACGCACGGGUAUCACCCCUCGACCCGCCCAUCCAAGUUGUUUUUCCCGUCGCAGUCAAAACUGAACCGAGACUCACUGACGCCGCAAAGACAAGACUUUUUUUUUGUUACCCCUGCGGUGGAUGUUCGUAUGGCAUGCAUCAAGAAAUUUAUAGCAAGUAGUCGAAGCCCGUAUGUAUACCUUUCUGACCACUUUGGUGUGUCAGCAACACUUUGCGUCUCGGCUAGCGAUCAAAGGAUACCCCACAAAAACUCAACGCGUCCUCUUCUGAAGACGUCUAUGUCACGUGGGAUUGUACAUGAGCACUCCAAUCCUCUUUUAAGCAUGAAAAUGCAAUUUAUUCCUCUGCUUCUAACGGCUUGGGCUGCGAUGUACUUCAACUCCCUCACACUCUGUGUGCUGGGAGCCGUAUGGUUUCUCUUGUGGUGCUUCGUUUCACGUAUUCAUGCUUUAAGUAACGAGCGACAAUUUGCUACCGUGAGAAGCGCUGUUGUAGAGGGCAAAGAGGCCGUCACAUUAAAUCAACCAAAGGAGUACAAAACCCUUCAAGGGGUUAAGAGUCUUGCGGAAUUGUGGCAAAAAACGGUGCAGCAUCACAGUAUGUUACGCUGUUUGGGGCAGAACAAAGAGUCAGGAGAAUCUGAGUGGCUUACGUACGCGGAUGUAGACGCAAAGGUGCGGGAACUUGGCUCCGGACUAUGUGCUCUUGGCGUUGUUCCGGGUGAUGUGAUUGGGGUAGACUGUCAGGCGAACAGGGAAGCUGUGAUUCUUGAGAUUGCUUGUGUAAUGUAUGGUUUUACAACACUAACGCUGGUAGGGAGAGGGAAUGCUUUUCGAACCCUCAUUGAUGAGCAUAAUGUGAAGGUUGUAUUUGCAAGCCGAAACAAUGUGGCGUCUAUUCUAACCUGUCGUUCUCGGCAUUUGGAGACCGUGGUGAAUGUGCACUCUUUUUACGAUGCGGAAGAUGAUGCCGUGGCACGAGAUUUCGGUAUUACACUUCUCUUGUACGAUGGGGUCUGCUACAAUGGUCGAUUACGCCUUGUACCACCACCGCUGCAUGUUGCCAGCGAAACGGUCUUUUCGUUGGUUGUAGACACCACUACCACCAACAUGGGUAGUUCUCUUAGUGUUGUUCGUAUGACUCAUGCGGAUGUGCUUCGUGAUAUUUGCACUCUAGUCGCCACGUCUGUCUUGCCUACAUCGCGGAAGAAGCAUCUCGUUGUACAUUUUACACCGUUCUCGAUGGUGUUUAACCGCAUCUUUGUUCUUGGCCUCUUUGCACACGGAAGUUCUGUGGCGACGUCGGAGGGUGCCAGCAGACGGGCAUUUACAGUUUUUCGUCCGACCAUCAUGUUGGCUGUGCCCUCUUUAUUUGCCACAAGUGAGACGCAACUAAAACGGAAAAAUGAGCGAUACGGGUGCGUUUACUCCUGGCUGUUCGAGAAGGCGUUCCAGCUGCGCUCUGUCCUUAUCAACGUGCACCGUCGGGAUUCGCCGGUGCUGCGUCUUAUCUUUUUUCGCUCCACUCAACGUCUUCUGGGUGGCUGCGUGGAAAAAGUCGUGCUGUGCGUAUCGGAGGAAAGCACGUCGUAUCGGCUGGAGGAACACAUUGCGGUCUGCUACGCGCCGUGCCUGCGCGAGGUGUUUUUUAUACCCUCCGAAGGCGUUUUCUGCGUUGAUGGCAUCCCAGCACCCGGCGUGCGGGUGGAAUUGGAGCCGUUUGAUGAGCCUUCCACGAAGAACACGUUCGGGCAGUUGACUCUUUUGCGUCGCAGUGCAAAGCAUACUUUGCCGAUCGCGGCCAAAUGGAACGAUCAGCGGACACUGCGUCUAAUGGGACCUCCGGGUGGUAUACUUUUACCUCUUAAGGGUGAAUAUGUUGUGGCAGCGGAACUGGAGCGCAUAUUUGCCCAAUCGCGAUAUGUGAACGAUAUUUUCCUGUACGCGCGACCAUCGCGACCUAUUAUCGCCAUCGUGUCUCCAAAUCGUGACACUGUGGAAUUUGAAUGGCAACAGCAGCACUCGAUGGGUGUCAAUAACAAUGGAGAGGCGGAGGGUGGUGCAGGCAGCGCAUCGCUCAGCUGGACUGAGCUUUCUCGCUACGCGUCUGGACUCUUGCUUGCGGACUUUUCUUGCAUCGCGAAACUGAACGGCCUUCAGGCGUCGAAUGUCCCAGAGUACGUGCACCCCCACCCACACUCGUUCAAGGACCAUGGAAACUUCUUUACGCCAUACGGAAAACUAAGACGCGAUUGUGUGACCCGGUACUUCACAUCUGUCAUUGAGCGCUUUUACUCGGACACAGAAUCCACCUUCAGCCCGACACCGUGCUACACCAGUAGUGGCAACAGUAGCGACAUUGACUGUGCGGGAACGUUGUCCCAUGACCAGCAAUUUUCACUUCAGGUUCCUGCGGCCAUUGAUAUUGGCGGAAGUUUUGCCAAAUUUCUCUACGUGCAGCCUCCCGGUUUCUUUGAGAUCCCUGAUUACAUGGUGCAUGAAUCAUCUUCCCUCUCUGAGCGACUUGGCUUGCGAACCUUCCAUUUCUUUGCCGAUGCUCCCGUGUUGGAGGAGCAGCCACAAGGCCUUCGUUCCUCCAGCGUUGGUACAGUGCGCUUUGCAAAGGUGCCAUCGAAACGCAUUCCCGAUUUUGUUGCAUAUUUGGAGAAAAAUAAGCCCCAUAAUUUUUAUGCCGAGGCAUUCCGCAAGAGCAUACGAGCAACUGGCGGUGGUGCAUUUAAAUACGCCUCGAUUGCCAAAAAAAGGCUUCACGUUUCUUUUGAGGUUAUGCGGGAGAUGGACUCGGUGGUGCAUGGACUCACUCUUCUUAUUCGCUCCGCCCCAUGGUCCAUCUUUACGGUAGACCCCACAACUGGAAUUCACUACCCACACAAGCUGCGAAGCCCUCCCGGGGACACGCUUUCUCCCUUUCCGUGUUUGCUUGUGAACAUUGGUUCCGGUAUUUCAAUCAUCAAAUGCCUCGGCCCGGAUGGCUCCCAUGUUCGCGUUGGGGGAAGUCCCAUUGGUGGAGCAACAUUCUGGGGGCUUGUGCGCACCAUGACGGAUGUAACCUCGUGGGAGGAAGUUCUGGAGAUCAUGCGUCUUGACGGCCCCGGUGACAACAAAAACGUUGACCUUCUGGUUGGCGAUAUCUACGGCUACAAUGCGCAUGACCUUCCAGCAAUGCUUUCCGUCGACACCGUCGCCAGCAGUUUUGGCAAACUUGGUGCAGAUCGAUUCUACGAAGCGAUGGCGGGGGGAUCGUUGAGACGCAACUCGGGUGAUGACAACGGGAAUGUGAUCUCGCCGCUGCCAUCUCCAACUGUCUCUUCCCCUACGUCCCUUUGGAAAGGGAAAACGAAGCCGUCUGCAAUCGACAUUGUGCGUUCACUGUUGAAUAUGAUCUCUGCCAACAUCACGCAACUGGCGUACCUGCAUAGCCGCGUGCAGAAUGUUGAGAAUAUAUUUUUUGCGGGCGGAUUUGUACGGGACAACCCGAUUAUUUGGAGCCACAUCAGCUCAACACUGCAGUACUGGUCAAAGGGAGAAUCUCAUGCCCACUUUCUCAAACACGACGGCUACCUUGGAGUUCUGGGCUCCGCGACCAUGCCGACGGAUUCAGAAACCGCAUCCAAAUAA